GGUCCUUCAUAUGAUCCCUUGGAAUAUUUUUAUGAUUCCGAUCACGCUUUCAUGCAAUUUGGAUUAAGGAUUGCUUAAAGGCAACAGUUUAAAACUUGAAAUCCCACAUUUGUCCUGUUUUCGGGACCACUCUAGUGUGUAUGCAAACAAGUCGUUGACUUGCGGAUUUUUCGUCUGAGUAAGCAAGCAUCGACACACGUUGGCCGUUGAUGGUGCCGCGUAAGCUCGAAGAGAACGGAAAAUGUAAAUGCAUUGCGGAGGACGGAACCCUGAGAAGUACCACUCAGUGCCGCAAGCGUUGCCGAAUCGGACGGAUUUCAUAUUUUAAGCCGGGUCGGUUGAUUACCACAAGACUAGAAGAAAGUGUGCGACAAACCUCGUGUGCGUGUGGUGGACAUAUUGUCGGAACAGUUCUCUUCCCUGAGGGAUUGCUGCAACACACGGAGCCAGAGUGCGUCUAAUAAUAGUUCGGUGUGGCACUAUUUCCCAGUGUUGUGCCCCAAACACAGUCUUCGCCGAUCAACAGAUGGGAACCUAAGAUAUAGGAGUGGAAGAUUCUUAGAUUGCUAGUGGGCGCCAGCGGGUGUCGUGGGGGAAUAUGAAUAUUUGAAAUUUUACGAUUCAGAUCAUUGAUUUUUACGGUCUGCCAUCCGAUGCUCUUCUUCCGAGAGUUCAGUGUACCAAUCAGUGUGUAUCAAGAAUAUUAAUGGCUAUACAAGUUAUACAUAUGUGCUGUGCAAAUUAUCAGCGAAGAAGAAAGCGAAACUGAAACGAUUAAGAUAGCUGAUGAUCAUCGUAUGGAUAGUUGGCUUCGAGAUAGUGUUUUAGUGCGCCGCAGUGUGAAUGUGAUGAUCGAUGUUCGGCGGCUUGAGUGAUGAUGGCAUAAAUCCACACUUCGAUAUCCUUCGUAGAGCUGCACAGCACGGUCUAUUCAAAGUGCAUCAAACGAUUGCUGCUGGCUUAGAAGUGAAUAAAGUCAUCGAUCUUUACAGUGAGCAAGCAAAAAAAACCAUCAAAUCAAGUGAAUGAAUACAGAAGGCGCAAAUUGAUGCCCAAGAAGAAAGCCUAGUCAGUGAAUAUGAUGGGUAGGAGUGCUAGUGCUAGUGAUGCUUCGACCAACGUCAAUGGAGUUCUCUUUAGCAAUCAAAUGGCUAUCAAUGGCGAUAGAUAUCAGCAGCGGUUGAAUCGGCGAAUGGUGGUACUGCAGGACGAACGGCGACACGCGUCUUCUUCGUUAAUCGAUGAUGUCAAUCACCAGCCUCCGGCAGCACCACCGCCCUCAAAAGAAGGCGUCGUUAUGCGAAAUAAAGUGAUCGAUCUGGACAAAAACCGCAUAAAAUGUGGCCGCAGUAAGCUCUGGUCAAGGCCGCUGAGUUUCUCGGGAUUUUUCAAGAAAUCACUCAGCCAAGGCGCGAUACAACUCGGCGGCAGUAAGGAUAGCAACAACAGAAACGGACAAGGGGGUGUUCGACAUAGCACAAAUUAUGCUGUCAAUCACCGUAGUAGCACCGAUCCAAAUGGCAACGAACCAUCCAGACGAAGUGCACAACUCGAUCUCAACCUGAUUCGUAAACUGGAGGAAGAAAUUUACAAAAGAGGGCGGGAGUUGCAAUGGGAUGAGUGCAACGCUGAAGCGAAAGAUUUCCACGAUUUCUAUUUUAGUCAGAAAACCUACGAGGAAAAGAAGACGUUUUCCAGCGAUACAUCAGCCUACAAAGGCGAUGGCAAAGCCGUAUUGGUGGUAGAUUCGCAAGCUCUAGAACCGAUGCUGUUGAAACGACCGCUCAGUACGGACGAUGCCCUUUUGCAAAAUGGAUCCCGAGAGUCAAAGUCAGACUGCCACGUGGACUCUAGCAGCAAAUCGAUCAUCAUCGUUGACAACUCUGAGUUCUAUCCAGUGCUAAUGAGGUACGAUAUUAAUAGUGAACUAGUCAACCGGCAGCUCCGAGAGCAAGCACGAAAGCGUAACGAGGGAAAACUAAAAAUAACCACCCACAUCGGAGGUACUUCUCCCAAGACUGUGACCGCAGCGAACGCCACAAACGCAUCAUUAACUAACAAUGACAGCAACGGCCAUAGGAUCCCACUGUCAUCGUCUAGUUUUGCAACAGCCGCGAACGGUUCGCCAUCAACCGCGUUAAAACACGAAACGACGCACGCCGAAUCGGUCGGUUGUUGUGAAACUAAAAGUAUAAACAAUAAUAAUCAUGCUGCUCAGCAGAAGAAACUGCCCGUUAGCGCACGACCUCUACCCCCCGCAGGGUCCGGUAGUGGCGAUCGCGCUAAAAAGACCCACUCGAAUCUCUUUCAACGGUUCCUGCUUCAAAGAAGAAGUUUGAAUCUAUCAGUCCGGCGACGACGCCAGCACCACUGCCACUUUCGACCCCCACCAGGGCACCUCUGCUCUGAAGAAAGCUCUCUAUCUGACACAAAACCGACGGGACACAAUAAACUCAAGUUUGAAUAUCUCAGGAAGAUGCAACGGUAUGACCCUGAAACCCCGCCAUCAACCGUCCCACAUUUGAGUGCAAAUCGUACCUUGAGCGAGCCGAACCUCAGCUCUCGUUCGAACUGGAAAAGUGAACACUUCCUCCAGCACCUACAGCACACACCCCACAGCUGGAGCACCGGAGAUUUGGCCGGGCUGAGUCAUCUGAUGUCAUCGAGUAAAAAUUUUGAAAAUAUCUUCGAAAGCGCAAGCGACAAUCUGUCCCGUUUGUCGGCGGUCGUUGUUUCGUCCAGCAGUAAUGGCUCCCCAUCGUCUGGCUCUCUGACAUCAUCCUCGUCAUUGUCAUCCGGUUCAAGAAUGCAGUCAAUACUCGCCAAUCACUAUCAACUCCUACAGAGCAGGGAACGUGCCGCCGCCAAUAGGAAACCUCCGUUGGGCAACUCGGGCCUUACCGGGGGUGUAACGCAACCGACGAGUGGGAAUUUCCUACGCAAAAAGUCAUCAUCCUUCAGGGGCGUCCUCAAACGAACCAACAAACCGGACGUUGUCAACACGUGGAUCUACAGGAAAAGCUACGAUGGUUCCGGCAACGGUCUAGGUGAGCCCCCGUACCGGGGGCACCACGGCAGCCCACACUCGUCCCCAUCGCGCUAUUCCUACAACAACACUGCCAAAACCAGCAUCCAGCAUUGGCGGACGUCCAGUGCCGGUGCAUCGGACUUCAAGCGUAACUCCCGACUUCGCAGCUCGACCAGCGCCGUGCCCGGUGGAGGCGCCGGGGGAGGCACCAGUUCCAGUUCCAGCAGCACCGGUUCCAACAUGGUCGACCUCAACAUACCGCGUGGCCACUCGCCACACUUUAGUCCCUCGAGGCAAACCACGCAAACCGGUGACACACAGACACUGCAUGUGUACCUACCGAACCAUGGCUUCCGCAUGAUCCGGUUCGACGAGGCAUCCGAUGUCCGGCAGAUAAUUAAUCUGAUCGUAAACUCAAUGUCGCCCGGACACAAAACGAACCCACAGAGCUACGCACUUCGAUUGCGGCACAUGCUCACGAAAGAGGUGCUGUGGAUGCCACCCGACACCUCCAUGUCCCAGGUGAUGGCCCACAUCUUCAACCCAUCCUGUAGCAAUGCGGACUGUCCCAAUGUGGACAAGAGCACGAUUGCUAAGAAGAUGCAGCAGAAGACUAGUGGCGUCGUUGGACACGCGAACAGCGUGUGGAAGGCCGAGCUCCGCGUACGCUACAUACCAAAAAGCUUGAAGGAACUGUACGAAAAAGACAGAACCACGUGUCACUUUUACUUUGACCAAGUCAAACAGGACUACAUCCAGUCGAACAUACCGAACAUAGAUCAGGAUAUUGCAAUACAGCUGUGCUGCUUAGGAAUCAGGCAUUACUACAAAGACACGAACCAUUCUUCGAACGACCGGAAGCACCAUCUGGAAUAUAUCGAGAAGGAAAUGGGUUUUAGCAACUUCAUACCGAAAUCUGUGAUAGAUACCAUUAAGCAGAAGAACCUGAAGAAACUGAUCCAGGCCGGCUACAAGAAGGUCUACAGCUACAGCGAGAUGGAAUACAUGCUCAAGUUUUUCGAUCUGCUUAGAACACAGUACACCUUUGACCAGGAGCAGUUCAAUGUACAGCUGAGCAGUGUAUGGAACAUUCGGGUUGAUCUGAUCAUCGGUCCUCACGUGGGAAUAUCGUACUCCAUAAAUCCUCAGGCGCCACCAACCAAGGUAACCGACUUUGAAAGUAUUGAACGGAUAACGACUGGCGUAGUGUCGUCUUCGCUGACCAAAAGCGACCACACACCCAAGCAGCAGGGCUUGAAAAAUUCCAAAGACCAACCAGAUCUCACCAGUUCCUGCGGAAGUGGCGGCGGUGGCAGCGAAAAGAAGGAUAAGAAGGGAGUCUCCUGCUCGUGCAGUGAAAUCAAAACUCAGCUCAGGAUCAAAGUCAACGUGAACAGCGAAGACCUGGCAAUCACUUGUGAUGGUAUUAAGACUUCUGAAAGUAUAGCCGAUCUAGUCGAUGGUUACUGUAGGUUAUUUAACAAUACUGAUAUUAGCUUAUGGGAUCGUACCGUGAUACCAAAAACCACUCCGAAUAAUAGCGCUACCAAUUCCCUGGAGAAAAGUCACCUGAAGAAGAUGACUGAUUCGCAGUCGUCGGAGAAGCAAGACUCGAGGCGAUCCAGUAGCGACAAGCUGAACAACUCCGUUCACAAUGAACUGGAAGCCAGCACUAGUUCCAACAGUAAGCCAACCCUGAACGAGGACUACGCCGAGUUGGGCAUGUGCGACGAGGAAGGAGACUAUUCUACUCCGGCGGCUCGGAACUACGAGUUGGACCGGAAUCAGAUUACUCUGAACGAAAUCAUUGGCGUGGGACAGUUCGGAGAUGUGCACAUCGGAUCCUGUCGGCUGCCGAGCAAAUCUACGCUAGUCAACAAGCUGAACCAAUCGCUGACCUCGGAGUUUGACGAACUUUCGCUGUCUGGCGAGAAUAACAACACUGAGGUGCAGCAAAAAAGCGGAGUCAUUCAAGUGGCGGUCAAGACCUGUAAGGCGGACGCUGAUUUAGCUACGUCGGAAAAGUUCCUGGAGGAAGCAUAUAUCAUGCAGAAAUUUGAACAUCCUCACAUCAUCAAACUGAUCGGAAUCUGCGGUGGAUCACCGAUCUGGAUUGUUAUGGAGCUCGCCCGGCUAGGCGAACUGCGAGCCUAUCUCAAGAAGAACGGUCCCAAGCUGAAGCUGGGAACACUGCUGCUGUAUUCCUACCAACUGUCGACGGCGCUCAGCUAUCUGGAGUCGAAGAAGUUUGUUCACCGCGAUAUUGCCGCCCGAAACGUGCUUGUUAGUUCUCCGACAUGUAUCAAGCUUGCCGAUUUUGGACUAUCAAGAUGGGUUGAAGAUCAGUCGUACUACACGUCUACCAAAGGAAUGCUGCCGAUCAAGUGGAUGGCACCGGAGUCGAUCAACUUCCGGCGGUUCACCACCGCCAGCGAUGUUUGGAUGUUCGGCGUUUGCACCUGGGAGAUCCUGAUGCUCGGCGUGAAACCAUUCCAAGGAAUAAAAAACUGUGAUGUGAUCGGGAAGCUGGAGAACGGCGAACGUCUCCCAUUGCCACCGAACUGCCCGCCGCGGUUGUACUCGCUGAUGUCACAGUGUUGGUCCUACGAACCGCACAAGCGGCCGAACUUCAAGAACAUCAAGGAGGUGCUAUAUGAAAUACUCACAGAAGAGCGGCAUAGCGAUUGCGAAACAAUGCGACGCGAGAAUCGGCGUGUUGCCGCCAUGUCCUGGGGAGCAGGUGACGAUGUAGCACCUCCAAAGCCAGCACGUGGUCCAAUGGUGGGCGCAGGAGACGGCUCCCAGCAGGGAUUGGGUGCCCCGCAGACCUACAUCAUUGCACGAGACCCGGCCGUACUAGCAGCCCUGAUGCGCGAAAACGAACAACGUGGAGUGAAUCCAUCAUCUUACACAACGCCCGCUUCGAUUCAAGAAACGCAGCAAAUUCUCGAAGCCAAGUUGCGGAAGCAACAGCAAGAGAGCGAAGUCGACUCCAAGUGGCUACAGCAGGAGGAGAACAAUCUCAAGAAACGGCUUAGCUUGAUCACAUCCGCCGCUGGCGGCGCAUCGUUCGAUCAACAACAGCAGCAGCAGCAGCAACAACAGCAGGAAUUGAACAACGGCAGUGGUUCAUUGUCCGGCAGUUACCAUUCGCAACAGAGUCCACACUUCUCGCCUCAGAACACCAUGUCCGGCCCGCAAAGCCUGGGUGAUCAUUACCCAACGACGCCGAAUACGUCGGAUUCAAGACCGCACACCCCGGGAUCCACAUCCGGUAUGAUCAAGUCGAAGAGUUCGUCGAUGGAGCGCUGUACCACGCCGCUGUCCGGCGAUGAGAAGUUUGUGAUCAAAAAGGUAGAACCCACACGAACGAUGCCAUUGGACCGAAGUGGGGAUAUCGUGUACAUUGCAACGACCAGUGUGGUCAAAUCGAUCAUGGCUUUGAGCCAAGGGGUGGACAAAUCGCAGGCGUUCGACUAUCUGGAUCUGGUUCGGAAUGUUGGUAUCGAGCUGCGCAAGUUGCUCGGAGCCGUCGAUCAGAUCUCGGUUUCGUUUCCGGCGCAGUGUCAUAAGGAAGUGGAGAUGGCACACAAAGUAUUAUCCAAAGAUAUGUUCGAGUUGGUGGCGGCUAUGCGGUUAGCGCAACAAUACAGCGAAACCACGCUGGAUGCUGAAUAUAGAAAGAGUAUGCUAUCAGCAGCGCACGUGCUCGCCAUGGAUGCCAAAAACCUCCUAGACGUCGUCGAUUCGAUCCGAGUCCGCUUCCCAAACCUAGUAUUCCCAAAACAGCCGAGUCUGCCGACCAGUCCCAUCCAGAAGCAACCGCCGGCAAUGGCAUCUUCCUUAACAUCGUCUGCGUCCUCGUCGGUGGCCUUGACGGCUACCUCAUCGAUCAACAGCAGCAGUAGUAUCACUAGCAACAGCAGUACAGUUCCGUCCAGUGGUGCACCGCCAGCAACCUCCUUCCAGCAACAACAGCAACAGUUUUCCUUCGAUCUACAACAGUCCGCUACUGUGGUCACCGAAUGCUACCAGAACCUCCAGCCAAAGCAAAUCUUCCAUUCACAUAGUUCACCCCCAAGUUCACUGACGCAUUCCUACGAGACCAGUCAGGCUCAACUGUACACCAACCAACAGAGUGGAAUCUACGACAAUGAUUGCGUUGUCAACGAUAGUAAGCCUAAGAAACCUCUGAUCGCGGCGAAACCCCCCUCAGCGGCCUUGGCGUCCCACAAGCUGAAGUCCCAGAAUCCGUUCCCGCAGCCGGUUGGCGAUGAGCUGCUCAAUGAACCGCUCAAAAUUGUCGAAGAUCCAACCGAGCUCUACUCGAAUACUAGCACAACUGCCAGCGGUGGUUGCGUACCCGUUCCGAGCAGCAACACCGUGGUCAGUUCCAGUUCUAGCAACAGUGUGUCCCUAAUGUCGUCCAGCAGUAGCUCCGGCGCGAUAAAGCUACCCGAACCAGUAUCGUGUACUAUCGUGCAGGAAAACCUGCUUGCCUCCAAUAACCAGAAGAUUAUGGCCAACAAGUUGGGCUAGAAGGUGGCUGGACAUACUACCAGCAGGUUUUGAAACCAGGAAUAAAGUUCUACCUACUAUUGUGCUAGGCUAUAUCUAGUGAAAGACAUACGGUAUUGUACUAUUUUAGGCAAGGAACAGUAAUUUUACGCCGUUUACUAUCCUCUGAGCAUAACAUUCAUUCGUAUGUUUUUUCGAAAGAAAAAGAUAAAAAGCUAGACGCAGUACGCAAAACAAACAAACGGAAAUUGUAUUACUAAUCCGGCAUUAUUGUAGAUAAUCAAAAAUACAAUUACGAACAAAAUAAUAAAAAUGCAAGCAUUUGUCCACGCUCUGAUUAGUCAAGAAAUUCCCCUUCCGUAGCAAAUGAAUGUUUUUUUUUCGCUUAACUCUAACUUAGUCUUGGGUUUUAUGGAUCAAUAAGUACCGAAAGGGUUUGGUACAAUAGGUUUCCGAAUUCUAUAAAUAUUAGUUCUUACCAAAGGAGGUACUUGUGCCAACUGAUUUUUUUACGUUCGCAAUGGAAUGGAAUUACAGAAUAUCAAAAUAAACCGAAAAUUGAUGAGCUCGUAUGAUAUUUUCAAAAUGAAUAUAUGCAAGAUUCAGUAGGGUGGGGCGGGGCAAGAUGGGUCACCUAAGGAUGGAUCACCAUAACUUUGUAAAUACAAAUCGUAUUGGUUUGUAUUCGUCCGCUACUCUUUAAUACACUAGUUAGCUAUGCUAAAAGACGAUAAAAUGUUUAAUAAAUACAAAAUAUGAUGUUAAACAAGUAGUUUUAAAAAGUGAUCGAUUUUGCGCCGUGAAAAAAGUGCGGGGCAAGAUGGGUCACCUUUUAAGUAUAUCACAUUUUCUCAACGAAAAACGUCAAAAUAUAAGAUUUGUUCCGCAUUAAUAUAUGCUCCAUAUCCAUACUGAGUAAACAAGAGCUACUAGUAAACAUUUUAUAAAUUUAUUUGGAAUAUAAAAAACUUUACGAUUUGAGUGAUCCUAAGGCGACUUGAAAAUCGAUGUUUUAACUAAAAAAUUAUCAUAAUUUUAUGUUAUAAUUUUGAGCGUUCAUUCCCCUUGAUUAAAGUCAUUUAUGAGAUAGUCUUGUAAUAAAAAAUAAAUAACUUUUGAAUGCUCCAAAAAUACGUUCAAAAAUGUAGGUGACCCAUCUUGCCCCGCGGCCGUUUAUAUGGAGAAUAUAUGGAAUGUAUCGCAUAAGAAAAAUGGCUUAAAACCAUUUUAUUUUUAAUUUCCAAUGAGAAUGAAUAGCUUUUCAAUCAAUGCCCCAAACUUUUGUAUAUUCAUGCUGGUCAUCUAACAAAAUUAUUAACAUUAUCAAAACAUGAGUAAUGCGCCCGAAAAUGGCACUGACCCAUCUUGCCCCGCGACCCAUCUUGCCCCGCCCCACCCUAUGUUUGGACUUGAGACAACUUUUUUUAUUUGAUAUGAUAGGUCAUCCAAACUACUAUUGAGUUCAGAACAUAAUGUCUACAGUUUCAAUACUAUUUUUUCUUCACUAACAACAUUGUGAAUUACAUUUUAUCAUGUUCAAAAACACCUUUGGUAGUCGUGCAGUUGUAUUUUGUGCAACAUGUUAAAAAAGGCUCGCCCGUUGUACACAGCAUCUGCGUACUGCUACCGGUGAAGUCCCAACUUCACCGCAGUCGGAAGGAUAAGAUCUUCUCGACCAUCCCAAUCAUUCUGGAGGUCAGAAUAUAGGAUCAACAUCAUCAAUUUGUAAAAACACAUGGAAGGUCGAUAUAUGUUCAAGGUAUUCUUGAUUGAUUGAGCGACCCAGAAUACCAACAAUGUAUAACAAUGCCUAUUAAUUUUCAGUGAAGUUCAGUUAAUAUGGUUGGCAGAAUUACGUAUUGCAAAAGGGCUACCAUUACUAGCGGAGACUCGGAACUUCGAAAUUCAGAGUAGUUUGACUGACUUUGAAUAUCAUAAAAAAACGUUUCGUAGAGGUUAUUGCAAUUCUUAGCCAUCCAUGAAUCGUGGCAGUUUAUGCAAUGAUUUUUAAAUUGCAAAAAUUACAGUAAAAGUACUGUUACAGAUGUCAACGAUUGAGUUCCAUGACAGUUUGAAUGACCUUGAACAUCUUAUGUAAAAGCAGCAUUCAGCAGCACUGGCAUGUACAUUUUUGAGAUUUUUUCAUAUUGAGGAACUUUAAGGACAAACGUCUUGAAAUCCCGAUUCAACAGUUCAUCAGAACUUCAGACGCACAUAUCUUAAGAAGCGAACUUCAAACAACAGUGCAUUUUAUUAUUCUGUUUUUUGCUCACUUGUAAUAAACUUAAAAUGAGAAGCUCAGGUGCGCUGGUUUUGUUUACUAAGAGAUUUGUGCCCUCGAAAUCGUGAGUAGGUGCCAAAGUCGGCCAUUGUGGCAACCAUUCUGGGAUUCUAACAAGUCUGUCCUUAACGAAUUCGGAAACCUGUCGUUUCAUUUGCUACGAUUAUUAAAACUCCUAACGCUGGCGUUUUAGCUGUACUUCUCUAUACAAUUCGGAUUAAUCUGAUAUGCGCAAUGACAAACAAAGCUUUUCAAAAUCACACAUAUGCAAUGAGUCCAAAACAUUCAAAUAUUUUUAUAUUUAUAAAUUUUACCAAAGUAAACAAAAUCAAUCAAAAUAGAUAGCAUUCCACACAAAACAAAACCAGGUAAUAUACAGCAAAUCUUUUGAACCUAAAUCGAGCCCGCCAGUAUAGAGCAACUUUUGAUCCAAUGUUUUUCUACACUAGCUGCUGAGCGCAUUUAGACUAUCUACUUGAUUUCGGAUGACAAAUUCUACUUCUACGUAAGUAUUUCAAUGCUUAUUUUUGUAUGCGGAUUUGUCUAGAAAACACCUGCAACCAAAUAUCAGAAGCAAACUAACAAAAACUAAAAACAGAUACCGUAUUUGUAACUGUACAUACCAACCAUUUUUUUCCAUAUGGCUCAACUCAGUUACCUAAAUCAAUAUCUAAUUAACAGAAGAUCAAUAAAAACCCAUUUUGUUGGAACAUCUUAGAACUGUUCGUAAUGGCUAAAACUAAAUAUAUCAUCUUUAAUGCAUGCUUAAACUAAAAAAAAGCAAACUAGCUUGCAACGUAACGCUAUUGCUGAUGUAGAAAUUUUCCAUAAACUAACAUUUCCAAAGUCCCAUUUGUAGCGCUCUAGCAGUCCUCAACUGUACUAGGAAGCCUGUAAUCCAUACUAGAGGCAGACCAGCAUGUCAGCUAAUAACAACACUAAUAUCAAUAUGAUGAUGCUUCAUGCUAAACUUAAAACACGGGAAUUUACCAAAUAAAAUGAAAAUACUACCAGUAA